AUGCCGGUGUUUCAUACGCGCACGAUUGAGAGCAUUCUGGAGCCGGUGGCGCAGCAGAUCUCGCACCUGGUGAUUAUGCACGAGGAAGGCGAGGUGGACGGCAAAGCCAUCCCUGACCUCACCGCGCCUGUGGCCGCCGUGCAGGCGGCGGUCAGCAACCUCGUUCGGGUUGGAAAAGAGACUGUUCAAACCACCGAGGAUCAGAUUUUGAAGAGAGAUAUGCCACCAGCAUUUAUUAAGGUGGAGAAUGCUUGCACCAAACUUGUCCAAGCGGCCCAGAUGCUUCAGUCAGACCCUUACUCAGUGCCUGCUCGAGAUUAUCUAAUUGAUGGGUCAAGAGGCAUCCUCUCUGGCACAUCAGACUUGCUCCUCACAUUCGACGAGGCUGAGGUUCGUAAAAUUAUUAGAGUUUGCAAAGGAAUUUUGGAAUAUCUUACAGUGGCUGAGGUGGUAGAAACUAUGGAAGAUUUGGUCACUUACACGAAGAAUCUUGGACCAGGAAUGACUAAGAUGGCCAAGAUGAUUGAUGAGAGGCAGCAGGAACUGACUCACCAGGAGCAUCGAGUGAUGUUGGUGAAUUCAAUGAACACUGUGAAGGAGUUGCUGCCAGUUCUCAUUUCAGCUAUGAAGAUUUUUGUAACAACUAAAAACUCCAAAAACCAAGGAAUUGAAGAAGCUUUGAAAAAUCGCAAUUUUACUGUAGAAAAGAUGAGCGCUGAAAUUAAUGAGAUCAUUCGUGUAUUACAACUCACUUCCUGGGACGAAGAUGCCUGGGCCAGCAAGGACACUGAAGCCAUGAAGAGAGCAUUGGCCUCCAUAGACUCCAAACUGAACCAGGCUAAAGGUUGGCUCCGUGAUCCCAGUGCCUCCCCAGGUGAUGCUGGUGAACAGGCCAUCAGGCAGAUCUUAGAUGAAGCUGGAAAAGUUGGUGAACUCUGUGCAGGCAAAGAACGCAGGGAGAUCCUGGGAACUUGCAAAAUGCUGGGGCAGAUGACUGACCAAGUGGCUGACCUCCGAGCCAGGGGACAAGGAGCCUCACCAGUGGCCAUGCAGAAAGCCCAGCAAGUGUCUCAGGGUCUGGAUGUGCUCACAGCAAAAGUGGAAAAUGCAGCCCGCAAGCUGGAAGCCAUGACCAACUCAAAGCAGAGCAUUGCAAAGAAGAUCGAUGCUGCUCAGAAUUGGCUUGCAGAUCCAAAUGGUGGGCCAGAAGGAGAAGAACAGAUUCGAGGGGCUUUGGCUGAAGCUCGGAAAAUAGCAGAAUUAUGUGAUGAUCCUAAAGAGAGAGAUGACAUUCUGCGUUCUCUUGGAGAAAUAUCUGCUCUGACUUCUAAGUUAGCAGAUCUACGAAGACAAGGAAAAGGAGAUUCCCCAGAGGCCCGAGCAUUAGCCAAACAGGUGGCCACAGCCCUACAGAACUUACAGACUAAAACAAACAGGGCUGUGGCCAACAGCAGACCUGCCAAAGCAGCUGUCCACCUUGAAGGCAAGAUUGAGCAAGCACAGCGGUGGAUUGAUAAUCCUACUGUGGAUGACCGGGGAGUUGGUCAGGCUGCCAUCCGAGGGCUGGUGGCCGAAGGGCAUCGUCUGGCUAAUGUCAUGAUGGGGCCUUAUCGCCAGGACCUUCUUGCAAAGUGUGACCGAGUGGACCAGCUGACGGCCCAGCUGGCUGACCUGGCUGCCAGAGGGGAAGGGGAGAGCCCUCAGGCGAGAGCUCUUGCGUCUCAGCUCCAAGACUCCUUAAAGGAUCUGAAAGCCCGAAUGCAGGAGGCCAUGACUCAGGAGGUGUCAGAUGUUUUCAGUGAUACCACAACUCCCAUCAAGCUGUUGGCAGUGGCAGCCACUGCUCCUCCUGAUGCACCCAAUAGGGAAGAGGUAUUUGAUGAGAGGGCAGCUAACUUUGAAAACCAUUCAGGAAGGCUUGGGGCCACAGCAGAGAAGGCGGCUGCUGUUGGAACUGCUAAUAAAUCAACAGUGGAAGGCAUUCAGGCCUCAGUGAAGACAGCCCGAGAACUCACACCCCAGGUGGUCUCAGCCGCUCGCAUCUUACUUAGGAAUCCUGGAAAUCAAGCUGCUUAUGAACAUUUUGAGACCAUGAAGAACCAGUGGAUCGAUAAUGUUGAAAAAAUGACAGGGCUGGUGGAUGAAGCCAUUGACACUAAAUCUCUGUUGGAUGCUUCUGAAGAAGCAAUUAAAAAAGACCUGGACAAGUGUAAAGUUGCCAUGGCCAACAUUCAGCCUCAGAUGCUGGUCGCUGGGGCAACCAGCAUUGCUCGUCGGGCCAACCGGAUCCUGCUGGUGGCUAAGAGGGAGGUGGAGAACUCUGAGGAUCCCAAAUUCCGUGAGGCUGUGAAAGCUGCCUCUGAUGAAUUGAGCAAAACCAUCUCCCCAAUGGUGGUGGAUGCAAAGGCCGUGGCAGGAAACAUUUCUGACCCUGGACUGCAAAAGAGCUUCCUGGACUCAGGAUACCGGAUCCUAGGAGCUGUGGCCAAGGUCAGAGAAGCCUUCCAACCUCAGGAGCCUGACUUCCCGCCUCCUCCACCAGACCUUGAACAGCUCCGACUGACAGAUGAGCUUGCUCCUCCCAAACCACCUCUGCCUGAGGGUGAGGUCCCUCCACCCAGGCCCCCACCACCAGAGGAGAAGGAUGAAGAAUUCCCUGAGCAGAAAGCCGGGGAGGUGAUUAACCAGCCAAUGAUGAUGGCUGCCAGGCAGCUCCAUGAUGAAGCUCGCAAGUGGUCCAGCAAGCCGGGUAACCCAGCCGCUAAGGUGGGUAUAAGUGUUGUAGCUGAGGCAGAAGCGGCUGAUGCUGUUGGGUUCCCUGUCCCCCCUGACAUGGAAGACGAUUACGAACCUGAGCUGCUGUUAAUGCCAUCCAAUCAGCCGGUCAACCAGCCCAUUCUGGCCGCGGCUCAGUCAUUGCAUCGGGAAGCUACCAAGUGGUCUAGUAAGGGCAAUGACAUCAUUGCAGCAGCCAAGCGCAUGGCUCUGUUGAUGGCCGAGAUGUCUCGACUGGUCAGAGGGGGCAGCGGCACCAAGCGGGCGCUGAUUCAGUGCGCCAAGGACAUCGCCAAGGCCUCAGAUGAGGUGACUCGGUUGGCCAAGGAGGUUGCCAAGCAGUGCACCGAUAAGCGGAUUAGAACCAACCUUUUACAGGUAUGCGAGCGAAUUCCAACCAUAAGCACCCAGCUCAAAAUCCUGUCCACGGUGAAGGCCACCAUGCUGGGCCGGACCAACAUAAGCGACGAGGAGUCCGAGCAGGCCACAGAGAUGCUGGUUCACAAUGCCCAGAACCUCAUGCAGUCUGUGAAGGAGACUGUUCGAGAAGCAGAAGCAGCUUCAAUCAAAAUUCGAACAGAUGCUGGGUUUACUCUGCGCUGGGUUAGAAAGACUCCCUGGUACCAGUAG